GAUGUAAAGAGACGACGUACUGUAGAGUAGGUAGCCUUGGCUCACGGCCCUCCACGCCAUAUACCCUUCGGGAGGUCUGCGGUAAGGGCUCUAGCCCGGCCGCCACGGCGUUAAAUACAACAACAACAACAACAACAACGUAGACACCCUCCCCUCAGCAGACCACCUCUUCAAACUCGCCUGGAUGGCCGCCCUCUCGGAAUUCCACACCCCUUCCCUCGCCACCGUACAAACGAUGCUCCUCAUGAUCCAGCGGCGGCCGACGAACAAGCAUGUCGCCGACACGCCGUUCAAGUGGACCAUGCUUGCUGACACCGUGGCGCUUGCGCAGUGUCUGGGGCUCAAUCUUGAUCCGUCCGAUUGGGCGGUUCCGAGCUGGGAGAAGAGGUUGCGGAGGCGGCUUGCUUGGGCGGUAUGUGUGCAGGACAGGUGGUUGAGUCUGAACUUUGGAAGGAGUUCGCAUAUUCAGGAGUGCGACUGGGAUGUGUCACCUUUGCGCCCGGAUGACUUUGGUGAUGUUCCUGGCUGUGAGGGUGAAGGGCCUUUGGUGUGCAGGCACUUUCUGCACCUGGCGUCACUCACUGAAAUCGUGUCCAAGAUUCAGCAAAACAUGUUCUCCAUCAAAGCCACUAGAGCUCUCUCCAAGUCCCUCGAGGCUACGUUCGAAGUUGCCCGGCCUUUGAGAAUCGAGCUUGCAGAGUGGCUGCAAAACCGGCCCGACGUGGGAGACCAACCCUCGGCAUCCUUGCCAGAGUGCGGUCUAGACGGCAACGGUAGUCUAAAGCUCGCUUACAUCACUGCCAAGAUUGCUGUGUUCAAAGCACUACUCCGACCUAAAAGCAUCGAAGUUCCAACUCAAGCCCGCACGGCGUUGCGCACUGGCGCCAUGACUAUUGCGCGAGAGAUGCAUGACUUUCUUGCAAAACUAGAGGCUCACCAUCUCGAAGCUUUCUGGCAUUCAUAUUCCCGCGUCAACUUCACCAUUGCGAGCAACUUCAUUGUGUUGCUUUUCGCGCUCUCUCCGACGCUAUCGGAAGCUGAAGAUGCACUUGCGCUUCUGAUUCAAUGGAGGGGCUUGUUGCGGAUCAAGUCGAGAAGCUGCGACUUACUAAACUUGAGCCUAUUGAGACUUGAUGCCGUUUUCGUGGCUGGGCUUGGCAAACUCAUUGAAUUGACACCCGCAGCAGCUGAGGCAGCUUCGAAUCGGAGCUUGUAGCAAUGAGGGUGACUCAAGUCAUCGGAGAUGGUGCUUGGCCUCCCGUCCAAAAGAUGCGGCUUCAAUGACAUUAAAUAAUAAUAACCUGUCUUUUAGCAAAAGGGCCUGGUAGUAGAAUCCAAGGUUUCUCUCAUCCCAACUUCACGUCUUGCUCU